AAAACGGAGACUUCUAGGGUUGUAAUUCUAACGAGAGAUUCAUUUCUGAAGCAAAAAUUGAUUGUGAGAAGAUGAUGAGGAGAUCGCUUACGAUUACGGGGAAGAGAUUUCUGCAUCGGCAUACUCUGGGGAAAGGUAAUCCUGGAACUGCUGCUCCUGCUCUUUGCUAUGAUUACAGAGAUAAAUUGAGUAGAAAUGGGAAAUUACAGGAUAUAAAGUUAGACGAAGCUGUUGAUUUGUUUGGUUACAUGGUCAAGUCUCGUCCUUUCCCUUCCAUUAUUGAGUUCAAUAAAUUGUUGAGUGCCAUUGCUAAGAUGAACAAGUUUGAUCUUGUCAUCUCUCUCGUUGAGCAGAUGCAAAACUUGGGAAUUGCUCAUGAUCUCUAUACUUACAAUAUUUUGAUUAACUCUUUCUGCCGCCGCUCUCAACUCUCUCUUGCUUUAUCUCUUCUUGGCAAGAUGAUUAAACUCGGUUAUGAGCCCGAUCUUGUCACGCUUAACUCCCUGCUCAAUGGUUUCUGCCACGGGAAUAAGAUUUCAGAUGCUGUAGCUCUGGUUCACCAGAUGGUGGAAAUGGGAUAUCAACCCGAUUUAUUCACAUUCAACACUCUAAUUCAUGGGCUUUUUCUCCACAACAAAGCAUCCCAAGCAGUGGCAUUAGUUGACUGGAUGGUUGUCAAAGGUUUUCAACCAGAUCUGGUUACUUAUGGUACGGUAGUAAAUGGGUUAUGUAAGAAAGGUGAUACUGAUUUGGCUUUAAGUUUGCUCAAGAAGAUGGAGAAAGGGAACAUAGAGGCGGAUGUUGUGAUCUACAACACAGUCAUUGAUGGUCUUUGCAAAUACAAACAUGUGAAUGAUGCACUUGACCUAUUCAAUGAAAUGGAGAACAAAGGCACUCGACCAGAUGUUUAUUCCUAUAACUCCCUCAUUAGCUGCCUUUGUAAUUACGGAAGAUGGAGCGAUGCCUCUCGAUUACUUAGUGAUAUGAUUGAGAGGGAAAUCAACCCCGACAUCGUUACUUUCAAUGCAUUGAUUGAUGCAUUUGCCAAGGAGGGAAAGCUUAUAGAGGCUGAUAAAUUGUACAAGGAGAUGAUCAAAAGGUCUAUAGAUCCUGAUGCUAUCACUUACAAUUCAUUGAUCAACGGGUUUUGUAUGCACGAUCUCCUAGAUGAGGCCAAGCAUAUGUUUGAGUUCAUGGUUAGCAAGAAUUGUCUCCCAAAUGUAGUGACAUAUAGUACUCUUAUAAAGGGAUUUUGCAAGUGUAAAAGGGUAGAGGAUGGUAUGGAACUCUUCUACGAGAUGUCCCAAAGAGGAUUGGUUGGAGACACAGUCACUUACACCACUCUUAUCCAAGGGUUUUUUCAAGCUGGAGAUUGUGAUAAUGCCCAAGAAGUUUUCAAAAAGAUGGUUUCAGUUGGUAGAUCUCCCAGUAUUAUGACAUACAAUAUCUUACUAGAUGGACUUUGUAAUAACGGGAAGCUAGAGACAGCAUUGGUCAUAUUCCGUGAUCUGCAAAAGAGUAAAAUGGAACUUGAUAUCAUCACAUAUAAUAUUAUGAUUGAAGGGAUGUGUAAGGCUGGGAAGAUAGAAGAUGGGUGGAUUCUAUUUUGUAGCCUCAGCCUUAAAGGAGUGAAGCCUGAUGUUAUAACCUACACUUCAGUGAUCUCAGGAUUUUGUAGGAAAGGUUUAAGGGGGGAAGCAGAUGCCUUGUUCAAUAAAAUGAAAGAAGAUGGGCCUCUUCCAGAUAGCGGUAUAUAUAAUACGCUAAUUAGGGCACACCUUAGAGAUGGGGACAAACCUGGAUCAGCAGAACUCAUCAAAGAAAUGAGGAAUCGCGGGUUUGUUGGAGAUGCUUCAACCUUUGGCUUGGUCACUAAUAUGUUGUAUGAUGGGAGAUUAGACAAAAGCUUUCUCGGUAUGCUUUCUUAGAACAGUUUAUCUCCAAGAGAAGGGGUGUAGAGCAACCAUCUUUCCUUCGAAGCAUCUGUGAGGUGAAUUAUGUACUUACAUUACUUUCUAAUGAUUACAUGAGGAUGACUGACACUGUGCUUGGUGUAUUUCAUUGUUAUGUUAAUACAAGAUCAAUGGUUUGAUUUAGAGAAAACCAGCUUGUACCGGAUAGAUGAUAAUUGCAUAUAAUCUCUCUUUCUACAUCUUCGUUUACAUUUAACAGAAAUAGUAAAUCAAAUUUCCAUA